CCUCGCCCCCCUCCCUCAGGUCAGCUGGGGCCCGCGGGCCGCGCCCCGCCCGCCAGGGACCAAGACUACGAGCGGCGCCUGCUGCGGCAGAUCGUCGUGCAGAAAGAGAACACGGUGCCCUGUGUCUCGGAGCUGCGGCGGACGCUGACCCCGGCCAACUCCCCGGUGUCCUCUCCCAGCAAGCACGGCGACCGCUUCAUCCCCUCGCGGGCGGGGGCCAACGGGAGCGUGAACUUCCACCGGAUCAACGAGAAUGAGAAGUCUCCCAGCCAAAACCGCAAAGCCAAGGAUGCCAAAGACGGCCUGGCCUACUCUGCGCUGCUCAAGAACGAGCUGCUGGGCGCCGGCAUCGAGAAGGUGCAGGACCCGCAGACGGAGGACCGCAGGCUGCAGCCGUCCACGCCCGAGAAGAAGGGGCUGUUCACGUAUUCCCUGAGCACCAAGCGCUCGAGCCCUGACGACACCAAAGACGUGUCGCCCUACUCCCUGUCCCCCGUCAGCACCAAGAGCCAGAAGCGGCUCCGGUCCCCGCGGAAGCCCGCGCGCAAGAUCUCCAAGAUUCCGUUCAAGGUGCUGGACGCGCCCGAGCUGCAGGACGACUUCUACCUGAACCUGGUGGACUGGUACUUGCUGAGCGUGGGGCUGGGCACGUGCGUGUACCUGUGGAGCGCCUGUACCAGCCAGGUGUCGCGGCUCUGCGACCUGUCGGUGGAGGGCGACUCGGUCACCUCCGUGGGCUGGUCCGAGCGGGGGAACCUGGUGGCCGUGGGCACGCACAAGGGCUUCGUGCAGAUCUGGGACGCGGCUGAGGACAAGAAGCUGUUGGUGCUGGAGGGGCACAUGGCGCGCGUGGGCGCGAUGGCCUGGAACGCCGAGCAGCUGUCGUCGGGCAGCCUAGACCGCGUGAUCCUGCAGCGGGACAUCCGCAGCCCCCCGCUGCAGGCUGAGCGGCGGCUGCAGGGCCACCGGCAGGAGGUGUGCGGCCUCAAGUGGUCCACGGACCACCAGCUGCGCCUCGUCUGGAACCACUCGAGCCUGGCGCCCGUGCAGCAGUACACCGAGCACCUGGCUGCCGCGAAAGCCAUCUCCUGGUCGCCGCACCAGCACGGGCUGCUGGCGUCGGGCGGCGGCACGGCCGACCGCUGCAUCCGCUUCUGGAGCACGCUUACGGGCCAGCCGCUGCAGUGUAUCGACACGGGCUCCCAGGUGUGCAACCUGGCCUGGUCCAAGCACGCCAGCGAGCUGGUGAGCACGCACGGCUACUCCCAGAACCAGAUCCUUGUCUGGAAGUACCCGUCGCUGACCCAGGUGGCCAAGCUCACCGGGCACUUGUACCGCGUCCUCUACCUGGCCAUGUCGCCCGACGGGGAGGCCCUCAUCACUGGGGCCGGGGACGAGACCCUGCGCUUCUGGAACGUCUUUAGCAAAACGCGGUCCACCAAGGAGUCCGUGUCGGUCUUGAACCUCUUCAACAGGAUCCGGUAAAGCUGCAGCCAAGGCCCGCACGGACCCGCAUGCGCACGCGCACUCGGCUGGCGCAGCCUGGUGGGGGGAGCUGGCCCCCGGGACCCCAGGAGCCUCAUUAAACGCCUGAUUGAAAAAAAAAAAA